AUGGACAAAACAUGGAUGCACACUCCUGAAGCCUUAUCAAAGCAUUAUAUUCCCUAUAAUGCAAAGUUUCUAGGCAGUACAGAAGUGGAGCAGCCCAAAGGCACAGAAGUUGUAAGAGAUGCUGUUAGAAAAUUAAAGUUUGCAAGACAUAUCAAGAAAUCUGAAGGCCAAAAGACACCCAAAGUUGAGUUACAAAUCUCAAUCUAUGGCGUAAAAAUUCUAGAUCCAAAAACAAAGGAGGUCCAGCACAACUGUCAGCUCCACAGGAUAUCCUUUUGUGCCGAUGACAAAACUGACAAGAGAAUAUUUACUUUCAUAUGCAAAGACUCAGAAUCAAAUAAGCACCUGUGCUAUGUGUUUGACAGUGAGAAGUGUGCAGAAGAGAUAACUUUAACAAUUGGUCAAGCAUUUGACUUAGCUUACAGAAAAUUUCUGGAAUCCGGAGGAAAAGAUGUUGAAACAAGGAAACAAAUUGCAGGUUUACAGAAAAGAAUCCAGGAAUUAGAAACUGAAAACGCAGAACUGAAGAACAAAGUUCAAGACUUGGAAAACCAGUUAAGAAUAACACAAGUACAUGCAUCUCCACUGCUGCACAUAAAGUGUGAUAAUGAUGAACAUAUGUUUCAAAGACCCUCUGCUUUUUUCUGGUGUAACAAUGAGGAUUCACCUCCUUGUUUAGAUAUCUCUUCCAUUACGCUUACUCCUAGGAGUUCUCCUGACUCUAGACUACCACCUGGAUUGUUAAUACCACCACCUUCAAAAAGUGGUCUUCCAAAGCCUGCCAGUGAAUACAGCUGCCCAAGACCUCGUGCAGGCAGUGUGACACCUAAAUCACCCUCCACUGACAUCUUUGAUAUGGUUCCCUUUUCUCCCAUAUCCCCUCAGUCAUCAACACCUACUCGCAAUGGUACACAGCCUCCUCCAGUACCCAGUAGAUCUACAGAGAUCAAGAGAGACCUUUUUGGAGCAGAACCUUUUGACCCUUUUAGCUGUGGAGCAGGAGAUUUCCCUCCAGACAUUCAGUCCAAACUAGAUGAGAUGCAGCGUCAGCGAUGGAGGGGUUCAAAAUGGGAUUAA